CUCAUUCUGAAGUUUGAGAGAAAUUUACCCCACUUACUGUUAACCCAUUCACGACGCUAACAACAUGCUCCGUUCACCCUCCCCCACCGGCGUACCGCCGACCGCCGCCGCCGGCCCUCAGCUCGGACAAAGCGCUUCCAACCUCUCCGCAGUGGAGAACCCUAACCACUUGCCACCGGCGGCUGAAGGACUACUGCCGAGCUUCGAACAACCACCGGCCGACUCCGACGUCCUUCCUGUCCCUCCGCCGUCGCUGAAUCCUUUGAGCAAACAAAUCCCGCCGCCUCCUCCCGUCCCAGCACAAACCCUAGCCGCGGCUGAGCGAAGUGAAAUCAGCAGGAGGCUUCUCUGGAGCAUCACGGCUUCACUCGCUUUCCUUGCUCUGGUCUGUUUUCAGCUCGCGCGGGUUGCUCGCCAUGGAGAAAUUAACCCUCUGAAGCUGUUCAAAGUGGUAACAUGCUCUUCGGCCUACGUCUUCACUUUACUCCUGCUAUCCUUUACACACCACAUUCGGAAAGUCAAGCUGGGAGUAGUUGUCGGUAUGGUGGUCGAGUCACUGUUUUUCACUGUGCCGAUUGGGAUGGCCCUGUACUCGAGGGAUGGCCAGGAACUGGUGAUGGUCAACCUCAUAUUCCUCCACAUUAUGGGUGUAGUCAACUCAGCUGUGGUCUGUAUCGAGUUCUUGGACCUGGCAAAUACCGGUCUCACAGUUCUCCUGAACCCGUUCCUAUACCUCGCCGGCAAGCACUGGUCAGGGGCCUUGCCGCUGUUAAUGGCACAUUACAUCGUGCAUUCAGAGAAAUGGGUCGAGUUUCUUCGCCAUUUUGAGGAGGCGAAACUGAAGGCGCCUCAAUUUCCUGAUGUUGUAUGGCAGGUCAGGGAUAUCUUGGCUGAUGCCUGGGGUAGGUGUGGAUCGAGGAAACGAAGAUGUGGAGAUGGAGAUGGAGGUGGCUACUCAGAUGAAUGGAGAAGAUAAGAGGAGGCCGGAGUUUUUGGUCUGAGAAAGAUGGGUUUUUCAGGGAUUUGCUCGGUUUGCACUUGCUAUUUCGGUACAAUGUUGGAACUUUAACUGCUAAUUUCUAGGAUUUUCUCUGUUCAUAUUUUCACUUGUGAUUUCGGUGUUUUCGGUACAAUGUUGGAACUU